AUGGAACUGAUCAAGAACUACGACUCGGAUAGCUCGGAAGGCUCUUAUACCGAUGAAGCAUUGCCUGGUCUUUCAAACACAAUAAAACUCAGGUACACGAACGCGCCAACGGGAGCAUCAUUGGGGAAAAAAGGAAGGUUCACCGGAUUUGUAUUUUUAGGGGUUAACAUAUUUAAUGACUCGGUUUCUUUGCUGGAUGAAUAUAUACGGCAACCCGUGUGCAGCGAAUGGGGAUUUCGGAGCCUGUUGGUGGAUGAAGUGACGCGUCUCAAGCGGGAAUUGCAUGUGUCGUUGUCUUUCAACAUUGUGGUUGAAUCUAUCGCACAUUUUGAUGCUUUUAUUGAGGAUCUGAGACGUUUAGAGAUUCAAUUGCCGGAAUUACAGUUUAAGCAAGAGAUCAGUUCUCUACCCAAUCCAAGCAAGACCAAGCUGUUUUUAGGUCUUAUGGUGGACGAUAGUGCUGGAAAGUGGAAGGGUCUUGUCCAGAGCAUUAAUUCAUUGGUUGAGAAGCAUACUGAGGGAUUCCAGGGAGAAAUCGAUUCAGAGAAGGGAGAGAACUCUCUCUAUGACCCUCACUUUCUACACAUGUCCAUCGGCGAGAAGCCAUACCACUCAGGUCUGGAGACACAGUUGGCUAUACCGUCUCCUCCAGUAAUCCAUGCUCAGAACUACAACCUCUACUGCUCCAGGGGAAGAGAAACAAUCAGAAUAGUUUGA